AUGGGCGCCUUCGCUUCGUCGCCCAUCGAUGCCGUUCGUGUGGAACGCCGCACCUCACAAGGGUCCUGUAAAUGGCGCGCUGCGGUGGCCGAAAUGCAGGGCUGGCGCAUCACUCACGAGGACGCGCACUUCCUGGAGACGGGCCACGAAGGCUCGCGCGCCUUCUUUGGGGUUCUGGAUGGCCAUGGCGGGAAGAAGGCAGCCUUUGCCGCGGCCUCGCAGCUGCCAUCACGGCUGCGCCAAGCGGUCGACGGCGAUGGAGGUCAAGACAAACUGAAAGAGCGUGUGAGCAGUGCUUUUGCAGAGGUGGACCAGAACCUGAGGAGCAUCGGCGGUAUGGCCUCCUGUGGAAGCACUUGUGUUGCUGCCGGUGUGGAGGUGAAGGACUCACAGGAUCCUGGCAUCUUCAGCUGCUUCCUGGCGAAUGCUGGCGAUUCCAGAGGCCUCCUGGUGCAGCUCCGUCCGGGUGCCGAGCCUGUGAUUGUCGCGUCCCAUGACCACAAGCCUGACCUGCCAGCAGAGCGAGAACGCAUCUCGCGCGCCGGAGGAUUCGUAACUGGCACCUCCCGCAUGAAUCCGGACGUCGCGCGGGUCGAUGGCAAUCUCGCUGUGUCGCGUGGCUUUGGCGAUUUCGAUUUCAAGAAGAAUCCGGACAAGGAUGCCACGCAGCAGAAGGUCUCCUAUGUACCGGAGCUCUUCUUUGCCGAUCUUGGUUCUGGUGACCUGGUAAUCCUGGCUUGCGACGGCAUCUUCGAUGUCAUGAGCUCCGACAAACUCGUGGAGGAACUCUUGCAGCACCUGGCUGAGGGCCGGGACUUGGGUGAUGCUGCUGAAGCGGUGCUGCACUCGUGCCUGCUUCUGGGGUCCAGAGACAACAUGACCUUGAUGGUCUCUCAGCUCGGUCCACCCACUUCGGAAGGAGCAUGGGAAGAUGGAGUGUCAAUCUCCGGGCUCUCCAGCUUCCAUGACAUCAAGGACAGAGAUCUUCAGAAGCUCCACUUCGACUUUCUGGAGCACUGUGCCCAGCUGGGACCGCUGCCUGCGCCGGAGCGGGCGCUUUACGAGGAGGUGCGAGAGCGGAUGAGGGCCGAGAGCGAUGUUCAGUCGAGACUGGAAGCCCUUGUAGAGGAGCUGCAGCCAGGGGAGACACCCGCAGGCGCACUGCGGAGACUUCGGCCCAAGAAGCGCAAGGCGAAUGACGCCGAGAAGUCGGCCGAGGACGACAAGUGCAGCUUCACGCGAAUCUCGGAGUUAUGUGACCAGCUCGUGUUCGACGGAAUUGCGUCUGUCUACGAGGCCUUUCUCACUCCUUGUUCCGGGGCGCUGCCGCCAUCCACGGGGUGUAAGCGGAUGCUGGUGGAAGUGGCCAGGCCCAACCCGACUUUGCUCACGAGCCGGCGCGUCGCGGAGCAGGGCACAGACAAGUCUGCAGGCUCCAUGCGGACCACAAGGGCAGUGCACCGAGGUGGCAACACGCCAGAAGUGACUGGCAGGCUGAGCAAGAAGACCCUGACGGACUCCAGAAAGUACUUGCUGCUUGCCGCUCUGCAAUCUCAGGUGGAAUUCCGAAAGCUUCGUCGCCAGGACCCAUUGGCAAGCUCCUGCACCGGGAGACCGCGCAAGCCUUUUGCCGCACUUCUCCAGGAUUCCACUCCAGCCCCCUGCGAGCCGUCCAAGCUGCCCCGCGAGCCGUCCAAGCUGAAAGUGCCAUGGCCACAACCGAAGCGCGCACCUUUGUCGCGCAGGCCAUACCAGCCUGCGCUGACGGCAGCGAGCCGUAAGAUGAAGGCCAAAGCUGCCAAAAAAGCAGGUCCGGGAAAUGACGCCGAGGUCGAUGCCGCCAAAGCUGCGGAAGAUCCGAGCUGCGAGAACUGGCAGUAUCGCUGGGCUGCUGGCGACGAGCAAGGAGUGGUCUUUGGCCCCUUCCGUCGCGGCAUGUUGGCAGAGUGGAAACGCCUGGGCUGCUUCACCGCAGAGCGACCCGCGGAGUUCCGACGCGUUGGGGAUGAAGGUGAUGCUUGGCUGGAUUGGAGUGAAGUGAGCUUCGACUAG